CGUGUCAAGAAUCGUUCUUAUGUAAUUUUGUUAACUUUCGCAAAUUGUUUUAUUUUUUACGGUAAAUAAUUUGCAGUUUGCACACUUCUUUUGUAGUUAAUAUUUUGACCGAGAAUGUCCUUCGUCCGCCAAAUAACUAAAUUUUCGCAAUAUGCAAAAAUUCAGUCUUAUUUCAAGAAUAUAUCAGCUGCACCAGUCUUUCAUGUAAGAAGUUAUGGAAGUGUACCCGCCGAUGAUCCAUCUACGUUUCCUGGUGCAAAAGCACCAUUUAUUUCAAAACCAGAAAUGAUCAUGCCAACCGAUGUUGCGCCGAUUCCAAUUUACCGUGUUAUGGACUCAGAGGGUGUCAUUGUGGAUUCAACACAAGAUCCUCAAUUAGGCGAAGGUUUGGUCAAGAAAAUGUUCCGAGACAUGGUCAUGCUUAACACAAUGGAUAAGAUUUUGUACGAAUCUCAACGGCAGGGUCGCAUAUCAUUUUACAUGACGAAUUUUGGGGAAGAAGCUAGUCACAUUGGCAGCGCCGCUGCUCUGGAGAUGCGCGAUUUGAUAUACGGACAGUACAGAGAAGCUGGCGUUUUAGUCUGGAGAGGUUUUACAAUUGAACAGUUCGUUGAUCAAUGUUAUGGCAAUGAUGCCGAUAUUGGAAGAGGCAAGCAAAUGCCAGUGCAUUAUGGUUCCAAAGAACUUAAUUUUGUAACUAUUUCAAGUCCACUUUCAACCCAGAUGCCACAGGCAGUGGGAGCAGCCUACGCAUUUAAGCGUCAACAGAAUAAUGACCGAAUUGUUGUUUGCUAUUUCGGUGAAGGUGCUGCUUCUGAAGGAGAUGCCCAUGCUGCCUUUAAUUUUGCUGCUACAUUGGAUUGUCCUGUCAUUCUUUUCUGCCGAAACAAUGGCUUCGCCAUUUCGACCCCAUCAACUGAACAAUAUAAAGGGGAUGGGAUCGCAGGAAGAGGACCUGCCUAUGGAAUUGCUACCAUGCGUGUCGAUGGUACUGACGUGUUUGCUGUUUACAAUGCAAUGAAGAAAGCACGUGAAUACGUCUUGCGAGAAAAUAAACCUAUUAUAUUUGAAGCCAUGGCAUAUCGUGUCGGCCACCAUUCCACCUCAGAUGAUUCAACUGCAUACCGUUCGGCCGAAGAAAUUGAAGUUUGGAACUCGAAGGAACAUCCCAUAUCCAAGCUUCAAAAAUACAUGAGAACGAAGGGCUGGUUCAACGAAGAUGAAGAAAAUGCUUUUGUCAAGGACAUUCGUAAGCAGGUCUUAAAGCAGAUUUCAGUUUCGGAGAAAAAGUUGAAACCAAAUUGGAGGGAAAUGUUCGAAGGUGUUUAUGACGAAGUACCACAGCAUUUGAAAGAACAAAUGCAAGAAUUGGAAAAGCACAUAGCUGCACAUAGCGACUUCUAUCCUUUGAAGCAUUUCAAAAAUUAAAUUGUUUUGGCAGCGAAUGCUAUUCUAAUACCCAACACGGGAAUCUUUUAAAGUGCAUUUAUUAGUUUUUAAGUAGCAAUGUGUAUAUUAUAUUUCGAUUAAAAAGUUCACUGUACUUGAGAAACUUUGCGUAUAUCAAUUAGCUCAUACUUUAUUGGUUAGUUGGAAAACUAUAUCUUACAUUUGUUUGUUGACGAAAAUAAAUUUUAACAAAACUAUCA